AUGUACUCCACUCAGCCGAACGGAGCUGAUAGUGCGACAAUCAACCCGGCUGCCCUCAACUCUCCUGACCUGCUCAACGCAAGCACUCGCGGCAUCAAAAGAAGCCGCUCCCCGGACAAGUUCCAGGGAAACCCACCUACAGGUAUUACCGGUGACUCCAACCCGAGAAAACGUGGAAAGUCAUCCAAGUCGUCCAGAUCAUCCGGUGCCAUCUCCGAGACUGCCGGUCAGGCCCCAGUAGCCAACAUGCCUCAAAAUAUUCCACCACCACAAACCCCCCAGAACCAGAGCGCGCCGCUGCCUGGGGGUCAAGCCGUCAAUUACGCGCCCACGCAGGCCUCCCCUCCGCCCAAGACGACGCCAACAAAGACUACCUUGAAAGCUCUUCCUACAGUCAGAGAUCACACCACCGAUCAGCUGAACCCCGCCGGCGACGAGUACCUCCCGAGAGAAAUCGACGAGUUUGGAGAGAAGAAGGUGAUGCCCAAUGGCCAGUUGCUGGGCGGCCGCGAAUACAGAUGCCGAACCUUCCUAGUUCCCAACCGCGGGGAUAAGCUCUUCAUGCUGGCAACCGAGUGCGCGAGGGUUUUGGGAUACCGUGACUCGUACCUUCUCUUCAACAAGAAUCGGUCGCUCUUCAAGAUCAUUGCCAGUCAACCCGAGAAGGACGACCUCGUCAGCCAGGAGAUCCUGCCGUUUUCUUACAGAUCGAGACAAAUUGCCAUUGUCACCGCCCGAUCCAUGUUCCGCCAGUUUGGAAGUCGUGUCAUUGUCAACGGUAGAAGAGUUCGGGACGAUUACUGGGAGACAAAGGCCCGUAAACAAGGAUUUACAGAGGCCGAUCCCGCUGGCGAAAAGCGUCCAGGAGCAGCCAAGGCCAGAGAGGCCGCAGCCGAGGCGCAGAACCAGGUCCUGCUGGGCGGCCCCCACGGUGAGAUCGUUUACAGCAGCACACCCAGCCAAUUCCCCGGCGCCCCUCAACCCCAGAUCGUCCAACCAGGUAUGCUUGGAGCGCCAACCGGAACCACGACCAGAAUGCCCGUGAUAACACUAGGAUCAGAGCUCAGUGACAACCGCCCUCGCGACUACAGCGGAAUUCUCAAGGGUGGUCCACGCCAGGAAAUUACCGGCCCGGCUUACCAGGACCAAACUCGACCUGCUCAGAUUGGAGAAGUUCAUGCCCAGGCCCACCACGCCGCCGAGUACAACCGGUCCCUCAACCAGCAACGAGAGAUGCGCGGCGACUACCUCCAGGGUAUUUGGAGAAGGCCGCAUGAGCAGCCUCAGUCAGCGAACCUCGUCCAGAACGUUGCCACUAGCGAAGCGGCUGUGCCUGCUACCCGAGCAACACAGUCGCCGCAUACUACGGCGAGCAAUAUGCCACCGCAGUCAGGCAUCGUGCCCAACCAAAGUCCCCAAAUGAUGAUGACGGCCCCACCGUACUCUCAAUCGAUCCAUGCGCAGAAUCCAAUCAGUCAGGCUCCGAUGAGAGGUAUGGCUCAACCGUCUACCCAGAAGAACAACAAGCCAACGACUUUGCCUGCAGCCGGGAGUGCGAGCAGCAUGCCUCAGGGUGCUCAGGGCUACCACUACCCCGGGACUGGCCAAAUGUGGCCCCAGACGCAGCAGAAUCCUCAACAACACAACUACUCUGGGUACACGACACAGGGCCAGCAACCCCAUCAGCAGUCGCCAGCUCCUCAACUACGACAUGCGACCAGCGGCGUGCAGCCGGGGAUGCAGUUUUCGGGAAUGCCAGGCAUGGGACAGAGUUACGGUGCCGCCGGACAGGGAAUCUACCCGGCAGACCAAACUCCGCGCCAGUACAUGCCUCAGCCGAACCAGGGAUCUCCGGCUGUGACGCAGGCCUGGUCCAACCAGCAAACGCCAGCUCAGUGGUGGUCCAACCAACCUCAAUGA